AUGGGAUAUGUACAACAGUCGUCCAGCAAGAUCAAGACUCAGGCGCUCUGGGGCAAGAACAAGGAUGAGCUGAAGAAGCAGUUGGACGAGCAGAAGCAGGAGUUGGUGCAGUUGAGGACACAGAAAAUUGCUGGCGGUGCCCAGUCGAAGCUGAACAAGAUGUGCGUAUACACCAUAAACCCUACCAAAAAUCACGACGUCCGCAAAAACAUCGCCCGCAUCCUUACCGUCAUCAACCACACCCAGCGCCACCAGCUCCGCAUCUUCUACGAGAAGAAAAAGUACAUGCCCCUCGACCUCCGACCCAAGCUCACCCGCGCCAAGCGUCGCGCUCUCUCCCCGAAGGAGGCCAGUCUCGUGUCGGAGAAGCAGAAGAAGAGGCAGAGGCAUUUCCCUCAGAGGAAUUAUGCUGUUAAGCUUACCAAGUAG